AUGGCAAGGCAAGGGAAAAGCAAACAGCAGAUUCACAAAAUAUUAAUUUUGGUUGUUCUGAUUUUAACCAUAGCCAAAUUAUUGUGUUCGUAUUUCUUCAUGUUCAUGUUUGUGUUUUCAGUAUUUACGGUGGCUCAGGAACCUAAGGGAAAUCUCAAUAAAUUUUGCACUAUGAUCAUCGAUAAACAAAAUUAUUGUCAGUCUUCUGAUUGUGGUCUAGCAUGUUAUUCGGGGUACAAUGGAGUUGGAAAAUGUCUUAAAAAUUCCAAAGCUGGUGGAAAACUUAGUUGUUAUUGUACUUAUAAUUGUUAG